AUGCUUGCCGCCCUCGAAUCCAUAAACCUGGGGGACGAAGUCUACGGCGAAUGCACAACCACCCAGUCUCUCGAAUCCCGCAUCGCAUCCCUCCUAGGCAAGCCCUCGGCGCUCUUUGUCCUCUCCGGGACAAUGGCGAACCAACUUGCCCUACGUGCACUACUCGUCCAACCCCCACAUAGCAUACUCCUAGACUCCCGCUCGCACGUACAACUUCACGAAGCCGGUGGCGUCGCUAGCCUCUCGCAGGCAGUCACCGUGCCCGUGGUCCCGUCGAACGGAAAGUACCUCACAUUGGAGGACGUGCAUCGGCAUGUGAUUCUGGGUAGCGACAUACAUUUCGCUCCGACACGCGUGAUCUCGUUGGAGAACACCAUCGGCGGCGUGAUCAUGCCAGCGGAGGAGGUUCGCAGGAUCGGGGAGUGGGCGAGGGGCGAGGGCAUCAAGGUGCACCUUGACGGCGCGAGGUUGUGGGACGCGUGUUCCGUCCCGGAGCCGUCGGCGGAGCUACUGGGUGAAUAUGCGGGGCAUGUCGAUUCCGUGUCCGUAUGCUUUUCCAAGUCCCUCGGCGCACCGGUUGGGAGUUGCAUCGCGGGCGAUGAGCGCACGAUCGCGAGUGCCAGACACAUGCGUAAGGCUAUUGGUGGGGGGCUUCGACAGGCUGGGAUACUCACUGCCAUGGCACGGGUUGGGGUGGAGGAGGUGUUUUUUGGGGGAAAGUUGGGAUGGGCGAAUGCAUUUGCGAAGGUUCUGGCGGAGAAGUGGACGGCGUUAGGGGGUGGGUUUACGUUACCAGUGGAUACGAAUAUGCUUUGGCUGGAUUUGGAGGGGCGGGGGAUCGAUGAUGGGAUUUGGGAGGAGGCGAUAGAGGAGGGUGGGGUGAGGAUUUGGGGGGAUAGGAUUGUUUGUCAUUACCGUGAGUGCUCUCGUGUGAAUUGCGAGCAAGAGGCUAAUAGAGGCUCAUUGUAGAAAACUCACCUGAGGCAGUCGAGAAGGCCAAGAAGGUAAUGGAAAUUGCGUGCAAAGCUGCCGACGAGAGAAGAGCGAAUGGGCUCGAAAAGGGAGACGGAAAAGAAGGGAAGGUCGGAGAGAGCACUUAUGGACAGUCUAAUUAG